UAUAAGGAGGGCACUCCAUCUUAUAUUUCCCAUCCCAUGCGAUUGUUUUUUCAGCUUCUGCAAAAAAAAAAAAUCUCUCGUCGAUUGACAAACAGAGAUGAACAUGGCAGAAGCUAAGGUAAAGAAAGCAAGAGAUGUUUUAAUGGCUGACAAGUAUAAUGUUGAAGCCUCGGAAAUUCUAGCAAAUCAAGCUCAGCGUUUGCCAAUAACAGAAGCGGCACCAAUAUACGAGCAACUUCUCUCAGCGUUUCCAACAGCUGCAAAGUACUGGAAGCAGUACGUGGAGGCAUACAUGAUUGCAAACAAUGAUGUUGCAGCUAAACAGGUAUUCGGUCGCUGUUUAUUAGAGAAUCGUCAAAUUGCUCUAUGGCGUUGUUAUAUUCGUUUGAUAAGGAAAUUGAAUGACAUGAAGGGUGCAGAGGGACAAGAAGAGACCAAGAAUGCUUUUGAGUUUAUGCUUAAUUAUGUUGGUUCUGACAUUGCAUCUGGACCUGUAUGGAUUGAGUAUAUUACGUUUUUGAAGUCAUUGCCGGCUACAGAUCCACAUGAGGAGUCUCAACGUAUGGCUUCGAUAAGGAAGGUGUACCAGAAGGCUAUCGUUACACCUACUCAUCAGGUUGAGCAAAUUUGGAAGGAUUAUGAGAAAUUUGAGAACUCUGUCAGCCGUGCAUUAGCAAAAGAUCAAGUGUCAGAAUACCAACCGAAACACAACAGCGCCAAGGCCGUCUAUAGAGAGCGAAAGAAAUUGGUUGAUGGCAUUGAUUGGAAUAUGCUUGCAGUACCUCCAACUGGAUCUGACAAGGAAGAGCAGCAACACAUGGCGUGGAAAAGGUUUCUGGCAUUUGAAAAAGCGAACCUGCAGAGGAUAGAUAGUGAAGCUUCUAAGAGUCGAAUUAUCCUCGACUACGAGCAGUGUCUAAUGUAUUUAUGUUAUUAUCCAGAUGUAUGGUAUGACUAUGCUACAUGGCAUGCAGAUAAUGGUUCUAUGAAUCUUGCAGUCAAAGUUUAUCAGAAGGCUUUGAAGGUUUUGCCUGAUUCUGAAUUGCUGAAAUAUGCUUACGCGGAAAUGGAGGAAUCUCGUGGUGAAAUUCAGUCUGCUAAGAAGAUUUAUGAGAGCCUUUUGGGGGAUGGGGUGAAUGCAAGUGCACUGGCACACAUACAAUUCAUCCGUUUUCUGAGAAGAACUGAAGGAAUUGAAGCAGCUCGCAAGUACUUCGUAGAUGCUCAUCAGUUUCCAAACUGCACGUAUCAUGUCUUUGUUGCGUAUGCAAUGAUGGCAUUUUGUCAGGACAAGGAUCCAAAGUUGGCGCACAAUGUCUUUGAAGCUGGUAUGAAGAGAUUUAUGCAUGAGCCUGAGUACAUCCUCGAAUACACAGAUUUCUUGUGCCGUUUAAAUGAUGAUAAGAAUGUCCGCUCAUUGUUUGAGAGGGCCUUGAGCUCGCUCCCACCAGAGAAAUCUGUAGAGGUCUGGAAGCGGUACACCCAGUUUGAGCAAACAUACGGCAAUCUGGCUAGUAUUUUGAAAGUAGAGCAAAGGAGGAAAGAAGCUCUUUCUAGAAUAGGUGAAGACGGAUCCUCCGCGUCCGAGAGUUCUUUACAUGAUGUUGUGUCAAGGUACAGUUUUAUGGGUCUAUCGCCGUGCUCAUCUAAAGACCUGGAUUAUUUGGCGCGUCAAAACAGUCUUGUGAAAAAUAUCAACAAGAAGGCCGAAAAGUCAGUUCUACCAAAUGGCGUCAACGAUGCAAAAACAUCUGCAGCACCUGCUAAAGAUGCUGCAUUACUUCCUAACACCACAGAAUCCCCAGCUACUUCAAAAUCCUUAUUACCUGCUCCUGCUGCACCUUUAGUUGGGGGGACUGGGGCAACAAAAUCACUUAAUGAAAUUUUGGGAGCGUUUUCUCCAGCUUUGGCAGGAUUCGUAAGAAACUUGCCUGCUGUUGAUGGGCCUGCGCCGGAUGUGGACAUAGUCUUAUCUAUAUUACUGCAGAGUAAUCUUCCUCCAGUACAGACAGGAAAAUUAGCCCCAGGACCUAUCAUGAAUGACGCUUCUGGUGCAAACAAGUCGCGCCCCAACCCAGGUGGUGUACCUGUCAAAUUAACUAAACAAAUGCAUUCAGGGGUAAAGAGAAAAGACAUGGACAGGCAACAAAAUGAUGAAACCCCUGUCCAGAGCCAACCAGUUCCAACAGAUGUUUUCAAGAUUAGACAAAUGAAGAAAGCUCGAGGAGUCACCAGUUCACAAACUGGAUCCGCAUCCGGUAGUAGUGGAAGUUCGUUCUCAGGAGAGAGCUCUCAGGCAGUUUCGAGUAAUUGAUGUACUUUAAAUUGGCGCUAUUUUGACAUUU